CCAAUUAAAAAACGCAAACAAAACAGUUUUUUUUUUAAAUGCAUCUCGCGUCAACUUAAGGCAAUGCCGAGUAACUGCACAAGUAUCGCUCGUAAUUAGGCAAACAAAUAAAAUGGCCGCAGAGCUGAGUAACUUAUAGUUAAAAUGCACUUUGCAACAAUUGCAUGUAAACAGCGCGACAAGGAGCAACGAGAGGCGCGUUUGCUGGACUUUGAGAUACGGCGCCAGCAAAAGCGCGAGGAGCAGAACCAGCAGCGGCAGCAGCAGCAGCAGCUACACCAGCAUCAGCAGCAGCAGCAGCAGCAACAGCAGCAACAACAACAGCAGCAACAACAGCAAAGCGAGAAAAGUCCACCUACAACUUCGUCGCAUUCACAGCAGCAACAACAACAGCAGCAGCAGCAGCAGCAGCAACAACAGCAACAACAGCAACAGCAGCAGCAACAUCAGCGGCAGCAACUGCAGCUGCAACAGGGAGCUGCCACACAGGUGAGCGCCAGCGGACGCGUUCAUACGCCGGAUACGCCCAAGUUGCAAACACCGCCGGAUCGCUCGCUGCCACCCGCUUUUCGCAGUCGCUCGAUUGAGCGGGAAAUUCAAUACGAACGCAAACGCUUCUCAGUACAGGAAUCCGCCGAAUUCAAGGAGGCCGUUAGCACGACACCAUCUCCACAAACGCAAACCUAUACCGGUACGCCGCCGAUAGCAUACACGGCGGCAUUGGCGGGACCGCCGGCAACAGCGGCAGCUGCAACAGCUGCUAUAAUACCCAUCCUACCGCUCGGCGUUGCCACGCUGCGCGAUGAUUCUACGGAGUCCGAGCAAUCCGUGACAUGUGCCCAAACGCAAUCGGAUGCCUACCAUCGCAUCAUGUGCCGGGCUCCGAUAGCGUCGCUCGACUGCAUGGAGGAGUUCAGUGGUACGGGCGGUCAUCUUGAUUUCGGCCGUUCAAUAAGCCUCGGCUCAAAUCCGGCGCUGCCGUUGCGGCAUGGCUCGACGCCGACGCCAGGUUUGCGGUACAAGAAUCUGGGCAAGAGCGGUCUGCGCAUCUCGAAUGUGGGCCUGGGCACUUGGCCGGUCUUCUCGCCGGGCGUCAGCGAUGAGCAGGCCGAGUCUAUACUGAAGCUGGCCAUCGAUAGCGGCAUCAAUCUCUUUGACAUCUCCGAGGCGCACUCCGAAACGGAGAUCGGAAAGAUAUUGCAGCGCACCGGUUGGAAGCGCACCACCUAUGUGAUCACAACCAAAGUGUACUGGAGCACCAAAUCCGAGGAGCGAGGCCUCUCGCGCAAACACAUCAUCGAGUGCGUGCGCGCCAGCUUGCAGCGCCUGCAGCUGAACUACAUCGAUAUUGUCAUCAUUCACAAGGCCGAUCCGAUGUGCCCAAUGGAAGAAGUGGUGCGCGCCAUGAGCUAUAUCAUCCAGCAGGGCUGGGCCAUGUAUUGGGGCACGGCCAGAUGGUCGCAGGUGGAGAUCAUGGAGGCUUAUACCAACUGCCGGCAGUUUAACUGCAUCACACCGAUUGUCGAGCAAUCGGAAUACCAUAUGUUCUGUCGCGAGAAGUGCGAGCUGUAUCUGCCCGAGAUGUAUAACAAAAUUGGCGUGGGUCUGAUGGCCUGGGGCCCGUUGUCCAUGGCGUUGAGCGACACGCAGAACGGGGAUAAGCUCUUCCUGCCCAAGGGCUCGUUCAAGACGAAGAGCUUCUCGUGGACGGAGGAUGAGAUUAAUCGCAAUGCUGCAUUGUCGCCGCAGGGCAGCUGGGGCAAGGAUCGCAUCGAGGAGGGGCGGCGACAUUGCGAUCGGUUGCGGGACUUGGCCGCGCUGGCCGAGAAGCUGGGCUGUAGUCCGACCCAGCUAUCGAUCGCCUGGUCACUGAAGCACGAGCCCGUUCAGUGCCUUCUGCUAGGCGCCACCUCGGCGGAGCAGCUGCAUCAGAGCUUGCAGUCGCUGCAGCUGUUGCCGCGGCUGUCGUCGAGCGUGAUGCUGGAAUUGGAGCGGAUAUUGGAGAACAAGCCGGUGCGACCGCCAAUGAUAUCGACACUGGCGCUUCGGUGACAAUCAGCCUGCCCGCA